AUGAGGGCAGCCUUAGAGAUCGUUGAUGAUAGCCGUGGUAUCAGAAGGUUUAGUACAGAAGUCUCAGAACAUGCUGUGUAUGCCUUCUUCAUCACAUCACUGAUUGGCCUUCUCCAACUGAAGUAUCAGAACAAAGAUGUGUCUCCUUUAGAAACACAUCCCACAACCAUGAAGACUUUUAUCAUAACAUUGUCUAUCUACUGUUCAACAUUAGCAGCUAAAGUGAUAGACCAACCUCAUCAUCUGAACUACUCUCAGUUAUUUGGCUGUCUUAGCCCUAUAUUUGGAGCUCUAUCUUCAAUUUCACUGCUGUCAAUCUUUCUCCCACACUGGUUUUGUUGGCUUAUCUUCAUUCUAUGGGCCUUAAUGCCUAUAAUUGCAUCGAGGUACAUUCUUAAUCAUAUAUAUCAGUAUUUCUAUCGGAGGAUCAUUAAUGCAGUUCCCAACGUAUUGGAAAUAUUGGGAAGACCUAUGGGACGUAAUUUGAUGGAUCUACAACGUUUUCUCGUUUGA